AUGCAUCAUGCAAAAGACGAUGAGAAUAGCGAUAUUUUGAAGAUUGAAGUAGCAAAAAAAAACAAUCUACGUUCAUGGAUAUUAGUUGGUCUACUUGUUAGUAUCUCAUUGAUUAUUGGAGUAUUAGUCGUUUGUUUUACUGUACCAAAGCAAGAUCAUACUUGUCAAUUCAAAUUUCGACAAACAAUGAAAAGCUCGGUUGUUCACAGUUCACAACCACGUUCGAUCGCUGUCGGUGAUUUCAAUAAAGAUCAACAACUCGACAUCGCUGCUGCUAACUCGGGCACGAAUGCAAUUGUUGUGUUCAAUUUGGAUACGAACGGAACCAUUCUGACAGAGCAAACGUAUGCAACAGGUGCAGGAUCUCGUCCGUGUUCGGUGGUCGUUAGUGAUUUCAAUCAGGACGGAUAUGUGGAUAUUGCUGUGGCUAAUAAUGGAACAAAUAGUAUUGGUCUGUUCAUCAAUAACGGAAGUGGAUCAUUUCUCCCUCAACAAGUUCUUUCGACUAGUUCCUUCCAUCCAUCCUUUCUUGCAACUGGUGAUUUUAAUCAUGACAAUUAUUCGGAUAUUGCUGCUGUUUAUUAUGGCACUGAUAAUAUUGGUAUACAUUUGGCAAAUUAUGAUGGAACUUUUCAAAAUGGACUUGUUUAUAGUACCGGUUAUGAUUCAUUUCCACAUUCAUUAGCAGUCGGCGAUUUGAAUCAAGACAAUCAAUUGGACAUUACUGUUGCAAACUAUGGCACGAACAAUAUCGGAAUUUUUAUGGGGCAAGAUAAUGGAAUCUUUAUAAACAAAUAUAUUUAUACCACUGCGCCAAAUUCUCAUCCAAUAUCUGUUACUCUUGGCGAUGUGAACCAAGAUAAUCACCUAGAUAUCCUUGUCUGUCAUUAUGGUCUUGGUAGUAUCGGCAUAUUUGUUAAUCGAGGUGAUGGUACUUUUGCCAGUCAAAUUCGAUACCCCAUUGAUUCUCAAUAUCGUCUGCAACUUAUUACUGUUGGCUAUAUUAAUACAGAUCAAUAUCUUGAUGUGGUUAUUGUCGAUUCGGAAAAUGACCGAAUACAUAUUCUGCCCGGUUAUGGUAAUGCGAGUUUUGGCGCAUUAACUACCUAUGAUUCUGUUAGUGGAUCGAAUCCAUCCUUUAUCGCAGUUGUGGAUUUUGAUAAAGAUAACCGAUCUGAUCUUGUCGUUGCUAAUUACGGCAAAAAUAGUAUAGAUAUAUUGUGUGAUUAUUCAAGUAAACCCUCUGUUCGACAAACGACAUAUUUCAUCGGUAGUGAUUCUCGUCCAUCGUCUGUUGUUAUUCACGAUUUCAAUAAAGAUGGUCAAUUAGAUGCACUCGUUGACAAUUUUAAUAACGAUUAUGUUGUUAUUUUCGAUGGGAUUGGCAAGGGUAAAUUCGUUCAAGGAGAUGUUUAUCCAACAGGUAUGGGAUCUUCUCCACAAUAUAUGUGUCUCGGAGAUCUAAAUGCUGAUAAUCGUACGGAUAUGGUAGUAGUUAAUUUAGGAAGUAAUUCUCUUGGAAUCUUUUUUGGCAACGAAGAUGGAACGUUUCAAUCUAUGAAAUCGUAUUCGACUGGUACUCAGCCAUGGUUUGCGGCUCUUGGGGAUUUAGAUAAUGAUACAUAUCUAGACAUCGUGGCUGUCAAUUUGCUGUCAAGUUCUAUAAACAUAUUUUUAAAUGACGGUAGCGGAAAUUUCAGUAGGCAAAAGACAUUCUCGACAGGUACCGCUUCUGAGCCGACUGCAGUUACUAUAGGAGAUCUGAGUAAUGAUGGUUAUCUCGAUCUCGCCGUCACUCUCACAACGCCAGCGUCCAUUGGCGUCUUUUUAGGCUUAGGCAAUGGAAGUUUCGGAGACAUGAUAAUAUACUCAGCCGAUUGCGGAGAAUUCUCUUUUAUGGUUGUCUUCGCUGAUCUAAAUCGAGACAGGCACUUAGAUAUUGUUAUUACCUGUCCAACCAAGGAUCGCGUAUUCGUUUAUUUCGGAAUCGGUGAUGGAACAUUCCCAUCAGCUAUCGGAUUUUUCACCGGAUCUAACACAUUUCCUUACUAUGUGUAUAUUAACGACUUUAAUAAUGAUCAACAUCUUGAUAUUGCCACAACUUGCGCUACGACAAAUGAAUUAGUCAUUUUUUAUGGAGACAGUACAGAAAAUUUUAUUUUGGCACGAAGAUAUUUGACGGGCAAUGGUUCAAGUCCAUAUGCUCUUACUACUGCAGACCUUAAUCAUGACGAACAUUUAGAAUAUGUAGUCACCUACUGGAGUACUGGAUAUUUUGCUGUAUUAACUGAGUACGAUGCUGCUGAAUUCAGCAACCAAUUCUCCUAUAAUACAGGAUCUGCUCCACAUCCAUAUUCGUUGGCCACUGGCGAUUUCAACGACGAUAAUCAAACAGAUGUUGUCGUUGCCAAUUCAGAUGCUGAUAGUAUCAAUAUCUUGUUUGGUUUAAACAACGGCAUGUUUAGCACACCAAUUAUCUAUUCAACUGGUACUGACAGUUCUCCACAAUAUGUUAUUACCGGCGACGUUGAUAAAGACAACCAUUUAGACAUUAUUAGUUUGAAUGCAAAAGAAAACACAAUGAGUAUAAUUAUGAAUAACGGCAAUGGAAGUUUUGCCCAACAAAAAAAGUAUACAACUGGAUCGGAUUCAUUUCCAUCUAGUAUAGUUAUGGGUGAUCUUAAUAAUGACAAUCGCAACGAUUUUGUUAUCGCAAAUAAAGAAAGUGAUAGUAUCGGCUUUUUUAUUGGAUUUGAUUAUACAUAA